GUGCUCCCUUCAUCACUUCCGUCCAUUUCACAUCUCGAUCAUCUAUCAGAAUCUGCGCAUCUUGUUCUUGCACAUCAUCAUCACCAUUAUCAUCUCUGUCGAUUAUCUCUGUCACGUCUUUUCUCAUCUCCUCUUGUUGCUUCUCUUCUCCUCGCUGAAUUCUCUGAAAUCCCGAAUUCCGGUGGAGUUAAGGGUCUCGACAGCCGAGUCGGUGAUGGUGAAGUCCCAAUCGAAGGAGAUCAGAUUGCAAUACAUUACUAUGGGAGAUUAGCUGCGAAACAAAGAUAG